CAGGCUGAAAAAAUAGGAUCAUCAUAUAUUCAAGCUCAUCUUUUAUUGGACACAACUUGCGACUGUAAAAGUGUUGGAGUUGCAGUUUGCUGGGACACUAAAAGAAGCAAUGUGGUGAAAUCAAGUUACCAUAGCUUAGAGAAAUAUUGGAAUAUAGAUAAUGGGCUGUGUGCAAUGCAAGGAUAAAGAAGCAACUAAACUGACAGAUGAGAGGGAUAACAGUUUAACUCAGAGUUUAGGAUAUCGCUAUGGGACGGAUCCCACCCCGCAGCAUUAUCCCAGCUUUACUGUGACGACCAUUCCAAACUAUAACAACUUUCAUGCGACUGCAGGGCAGGGACUUACAGUGUUUGGCGGGGUGAACUCUUCAUCGCACACAGGAACCUUGCGUACAAGGGGUGGAACAGGUGUGACACUUUUUGUAGCUCUGUAUGACUAUGAAGCAAGAACAGAAGAUGAUUUAAAUUUCCAGAAAGGAGAGAAAUUCCAGAUACUCAAUAGCUCGGAAGGAGAUUGGUGGGAAGCUCGCUCUUUAACAACUGGAGGCACUGGUUACAUUCCCAGUAACUAUGUUGCACCAGUAGAUUCCAUACAAGCAGAGGAAUGGUACUUUGGCAAACUGGGCAGGAAAGAUGCAGAAAGGCAAUUGCUAUCUUUUGGGAACCCAAGGGGUACUUAUCUAAUACGUGAAAGUGAAACUACCAAAGGUGCCUAUUCCUUGUCUAUUCGUGACUGGGAUGAUAUGAAAGGAGACCAUGUCAAGCAUUAUAAAAUACGAAAGCUUGAUAAUGGGGGUUAUUAUAUUACAACUAGAGCCCAGUUUGAAGCCCUACAGCAACUGGUUCAACAUUAUUCAGAGAGAGCUGCAGGUCUGUGUUGCCGCUUGGUAGUGCCAUGUCAUAAAGGGAUGCCAAGACUUACUGACCUGUCUGUCAAAACCAAAGAUGUCUGGGAAAUACCAAGAGAAUCACUCCAGUUGAUCAAGAGGCUGGGAAAUGGGCAGUUUGGGGAAGUGUGGAUGGGUACUUGGAACGGAAACACAAAGGUGGCGAUAAAGACACUGAAGCCAGGCACCAUGUCUCCAGAAUCUUUCUUAGAAGAAGCACAGAUUAUGAAGAAAUUGAAGCAUGAUAAACUUGUGCAGCUCUAUGCUGUGGUGUCUGAGGAACCCAUUUACAUUGUCACAGAGUACAUGAGCAAAGGUAGUUUGCUAGAUUUCCUAAAGGAUGGAGAAGGAAGAGCCUUGAAGUUGCCAAAUUUAGUAGAUAUGGCUGCCCAGGUCGCUGCUGGCAUGGCUUAUAUUGAGAGAAUGAACUAUAUACACAGAGAUCUGAGAUCUGCAAAUAUUUUGGUUGGAAAUGGCCUCAUUUGCAAAAUUGCUGAUUUUGGCCUUGCUAGAUUGAUUGAAGACAAUGAGUACACAGCAAGGCAAGGUGCAAAGUUCCCCAUAAAAUGGACGGCUCCUGAAGCAGCGCUCUAUGGAAGGUUCACUAUCAAGUCAGACGUGUGGUCAUUUGGAAUUUUACUGACAGAGCUUGUCACAAAGGGAAGAGUUCCCUAUCCAGGCAUGAACAACCGUGAAGUGUUGGAGCAAGUGGAGCGUGGUUACAGAAUGCCAUGUCCGCAGGACUGUCCAAACUCACUCCAUGAGCUUAUGCUGAACUGCUGGAAAAAGGACCCAGAGGAACGCCCAACUUUUGAGUAUCUACAGGGGUUCCUGGAGGAUUACUUCACUGCCACCGAGCCCCAAUAUCAGCCUGGAGACAACCUGUAAAAUUCUGCCUGCUGAAAGUUGUUGCCAGGUUCAACCCCCUAGAAUUUGCUUCCAGUUUAUUGAGUGCCCACUAAAAGGAGCUCUUAUCUUCCAUUGCAGACUGCACACAGGUGUGGAGCUGAGAACUUCCAGAAUAUUUUCUUGACCACUUAUAUAAUAAUCUGAAUGUUCUCUUUUGAAGAAGACAAAAACAAAAGUUAUAAGAAAAAAAGCAAAACACAAAAAACAGUACUUCAUUAUGUUAUGUAAACAACAAGACCUCUCUACAUAGUAAAUAGUAACUCUGUGCCAAUUCCCAAUCAUAGAACCUUUGAUCCUUUCAGUUUUGUUUUUGAAAAGCAGACCUAGUGUCAUUUCAGACAGUAACCAUCUUCAGAAGUAUUGCUUUGCAGAAGUGCCCUCUUCAUCCGAUAGGACGUUUUACUUAAAAUUAUUGAUGCAAUCUUCUUCAUGUUUUGCUUCUUUUUAUACAUGUAAUGCAUACAAUUGUACAUACUGUCACCAAGUACACCUUGUACAUAGUCAAACUUGGAUGCCUUUUAUGAAAAAAGGUCUUUCUUUCUCCGCUGUAUCCAGAUAAAAAAAAAAAGACUCUCUAAAAAUGCUGAAUAUCUACAGAAAGAGGACUUGUUUUUUUUUCUUAACAAAGAACACAGUUGUAAUCCCAAUGUUUUGUUAAGCCAUACAGAUUCAUUGAGAUAUAAGACUGUAUACUGAGAUUGUCUGACUUAUGACCAGUGAUAAUUGCUCUAAUAGACUAUGGUUACAUCUGUUGGAAGGAAGUGAAAAGUAAACAGCAACUGGUAAGGAUUUUGGGAGCUGUGGUUCACAGUCUCUGAUCUAUACUUUUGAACAUUCAGCAUUUAUCAGCCCAGGAAUACAAGAUGGAGAGAGGAAACUCUGUCCUUUCCUUUUUGUAUAUGCUAGCUAACAGGUUUUUUGUUUUGUUUAUAUGCUAAGGCCAACAUUUGGCUUUCAUGUUCCUCUUCAUUCGAUUUGAAUCCAAAUCCAAGCUUAUCUUUAGUAUUAUAUUAGUUUGCUGCCACGCUGUAAGAUAAGGAGUUCUGACACACCUGCUGUAGCCGGUCCUUCUGGUGCCUGAGAAUUGACCAGAUAACAGAAAGAAACUGAUACUGGAACCAAACUAUGUGCCCCUGAAUGAGGUUUUAGAGGAGCAAUUACUUAAUUCCAUGCUAAGAGUUCUAGGUAAUGGGUAUGUGCCAUCAGAGCAGAGAUAUUUGCAACGUGUGACUACACUUCUUGAAAGCAUGACAUUGAUGCCCUAAUUUCAUUCAGCUCAAAGUGAAUAAACUUCCCGCAGUCCUUGCCCAACAAUCUUUUUAAUCACCCCUUUUAAGGAGUAACCAGAGUGUUCCUUUUUUUAUCUAUGUGUUUUUUUCAGUGUUCUGUACUUACAAUGACACUUUAUGUGUCUCUAGAGGUUCUCCUAUGGAAUUACUAUGCACUAUGCAUUUCAUGGGGAAUGCAAAACAAGUGAUUCUUUGCACCAUUCUUAGUUUAAAUAUGUUUUACAAACAAGGUCCUCCUUUGGUUUAUCAUUCAUGUUAGCGGUUUAACGUCCUAACUAAUUUCCUGUUAUUGUUUCUUUAAGAUUUUACAUGGAAAACUGUUUAACUUUAUUAAUUUAGUAAUUAAAUCUGAACAUUUUACAUCUUUA